GCACCACCGGCAACAAGUACAAACAUAAAAACGGUCGUGUUUCUUUGGGCAACGUGUCAUCAUCAUUCAGUGGGUCCCUCUCCCUUGCCACCAUCUCCAUCAUCAUGCAUAUAAUAUCACAACUCUCUUCUGUUUUCUCACAUACUUCACUACCACUCAUUGCUAUCUCACCAUGCAUCGUCUACUCAUUCUCUCCAUCUUCUCACUUGCAGCACUACUUGCACUUGCAGAAGGUAGUUACAUUGGAGUAAACUAUGGUCGCAUAGCCAACAACCUUCCAUCUGCGUUCAAAGUAGUUAACCUUCUCAAAUCACAAGGAAUCAACCGGGUCAAACUAUACGACACCGACCGAGCUGUUCUCCGGGCAUUAUCCGGAUCCGGAAUCAAAGUAACCGUCAACCUCCCCAACGAACAACUCUUCUUCGCAGCGAAGAAACUCUCCUACGCAGUCUCAUGGCUCAACAGAAACGUCAUCGUUUACCAACCCCACACAGUCAUCGAAGCCAUCGCAGUUGGCAACGAAGUCUUCGUCGACCCACACAACACCACCAAGUACCUCGUCCCCGCCAUGAAAAACAUUCACAAAGCUCUUAUCAAGAACAAUCUCCAUAACUCCAUCAAAAUCUCCUCCCCCAUCGCACUCACCGCUCUCGGGUCCUCAUACCCAUCUUCAACCGGUUCAUUCCAACCCGAACUAGUCGAAUCCGUUAUAAAACCCAUGCUGGAUUUCAUCCGCGAAACGUCAUCGUAUUUAAUGGUCAACGUGUAUCCGUUUUUCGCCUACGAGUCAAACGCUGACGUCAUUUCAUUAGAUUACGCUUUGUUUCGUGAGAACCCUGGUAACGUGGAUCCGGGUAAUGGGUUAAAGUAUUUUAACAUCUUCGACGCACAAAUCGACGCCGUUUUUGCAGCGCUUUCGGCUCUCAAAUACGACGACGUUAGGAUCGUUGUGAGCGAGACAGGGUGGCCUUCUAAAGGAGAUAGUGAUGAGGUGGGUGCGUCCCCAGAGAACGCUGCUGCGUACAACGGUAACCUUGUUAAAAAGAUUCUCACUAACGGUGGGACCCCAUUGCGGCCCAAUGCAAAUCUAACCGUUUAUUUGUUCGCUCUUUUUAACGAGAAUGGAAAGGUGGGACCUACUUCAGAGAGAAAUUUUGGAAUGUUUUAUCCUAAUAUGGAGAAGGUUUACGACGUUCCGUUCACGGUGGAGGGAUUGAAGAGAACCUAGUUGAGCUGACAUAUAUUAAUGGGUUCUGCAUUGGAUUGUAUUGUAUUGUAUCAUUAGUAAUUUCGAGUGUUACUUUGAAUUUGUUUGCAUCAAUUAAAUUUAUUUGUAACUAAAAUUUGCUUUGCAGAGAUAUAUUUUGUAAUUCAUACUAGAAUGUUACUCAUCGCAUUAUUAUGUGUUGCAGUAAUAAAACAGAGUUGUUGACCAUGAAAAUAUGUUUUAAUUAUCUUUUA